AUUGCUCAAAUGAACGCGUCCUGCAUCUUAAUAAUGUAUCUAAGGUCGUGCGUGGUUAUUAAAAAAGGGUAGGACGAUAGCACGACCAAGUCAGAACGUAUUCAGACAUGGCGAGGAGCAUUGGCAGCAUUCUUUUACUAACGUUCGCACUGUCGUUUGUACGGGCAGACGAAUACGAGCAACGAUGGAACACGCCACCACAACUAACACCCGAAUCAGUCAUCAAGAUGUUAGAUAAUAAGGAACCACAGACACGUCUCCUCUCUCUUAUCCCCGUCACGGCGACUGUCAGUUUAAACGCAGGGAAUAAUAAUGCGCACUCUGUCAGCCUGGGUGCGAAUCUCGAUGGUAUUAGCCUUUCGGAAAGUAACAGUUACAAUCAUCCUACGGGGUACGGGAUUGAUGGUUCUUCCGUUUCCGCAAGCAAAUCGACGACUGUUUCUGCGGGAUUAUCAGGAAUUUCUAGCGCAGCCGCGGGAGCUUAUAGCAAAGGUAAUAAUGUCAAGACCGAAAGCCAUUCGUUUAGCUUUGGUCAAGCAACUGCCGCUUCUUUCGGAGCGAUCGAAAGUGGACAAGCAAUUACCGGCGCUGCAUCUUCCGCUGGUACCUCGCAAUCCUCUACAACUGGUAGACAAUUUUCACAAGCUGCGGCCGUUAAUGCACGACAUCCCUGUUGGCCGACAUGGAGGAACGUUGAUCCAAGCAAUGGCUUCAGUGAUCAGCGUUUCAAUCGACCAACAGUGACUAUUACAAAACCGUGCGAUGAAACACGGCCGACAUUGAAUAUCUAUGCACCUGGCACAUCCAGACACGAACAAAAACCAACAAUUCACAUCUAUAAAUGGCAACCGAAUCAUAGGGUUUCCCGACCAGAUUUUUUUAUUGAACAUCGGCUACGCGAUUCUAAGAACAAUCGAAAUCAUGGGUCGACGAGUCUUCAAAUUGAAAGUAAAGAUUCCAAACGAGAAUAUUCUGAUAGAGAUUUGAUCUCUGAUCUCGCGGAAACUGUCGGUGAACUGUUUGACAUUGUAUAAUGACUUAAAGAUAAAAAUCGCAUUACGUUUUCCUGUUAUUGUUAAAUUAAAUUAUCUGGUGUUCAUUUUUUUUAAUGUACAUGGUAUUAUUGCUUGUAAAAUGAAUAAAAAUAAUUAAAAUUUACGUAAAUAAUUCCGCAGUAGAUUAAAUUUAGAUGUAUUAUUAAGUUUCAAUAAUUAUAGAUUAAUCGUCCCUAUAGGUCAAGAUUCAUAUAAUCUUAAACUCAUCGCGACAUCUUUGAAAUAAGCAAACGGUCUAAAUAACUUAGGGAAUAAGCAAAGUCUGUCUUAUCGACAAUUUUUACCAAUCAUUUUUAGCAAUAAUAUCAGCAGACGGUACGUGAGUUAGAAUGAGAAGUGAAUUAGAUAUAAUAAUAUUAAUUAUUCAAAUUGGUUUUUCUUUGUCAUUUCAACAAAAAAAUUAAUAUUCUUUCGAAUAAGUCUUAAGUAAAAAAAUAAUUGUGAUUAUAAUAUAUUACAAAAACUUUUCUAACUAGCAAGGAUUUGUAACAUUUAUAUUCAAGAAAGUCUUUAAAUGCAUAAGCUUUUUAAAUAAUAAAUAAAAAAAUAUUUCUUAUUUAUUUCUCCAAUUGUUCAUUAAUUAAGAUAAUUUUAUGUUUAAGUUAACUUUUUGAUAAAUUACAAUGACGUAGUAGCUGUUUCUUUACUCAUAUACGUCAUCAAAAUGAAGAUAUUAUCAAUUAAUCAUAUACAGAUAUUAAAAAUAGCUUACUUUUCCAUUAAUUCGAUUUCUCGGAAAUUUUGCGCGAAGAAAAAACGUUGUAAUGCAUGUAGAUAGAAAGAUUUGUAAUAAAUAAAAAACAAAUCAAAGUA